AUGUUCCGCGCAGCGUCGCGGCGCACGAGCGCCUACACCUCAAACCUCGUACCAGCACAGCGUCAGUUCCUAAGCCGGUCAAUAUACACUCACAAUGCACGCCCAACAUCACAAUUAAAGUCUACAAAUAUCACUCCCCUGACUUUGUCCAAUAUCACCCGCCCACGAUAUGUCACUUAUGCCCAGCGUAUCCGACUCGGCUACCGUGAGGCCUCGAAGGGCAUCUUCCGCAAGAACCCCAUUCUCCUCCCACUCGCAAUCGUCUCGCUCAUCAGUGCUAUUGGUGCAUUCGCCUAUAUCUCAUAUGAAGAGCUUACUCGUGUCGCACCGCAAUACCACAAGUUCCCACCACCAGUCGCGGACGCGCUCCGUACAGCAGUGUAUUACACUGAGAUCGACCUGAACCCGCCCAAGGCCCUACAGGCGUACAAGGAGGCAUUGCGGAUCGGUAUUGAGCUUGGGAUGCACCCAUUCUCUGAUGAAGUGCUUGGUAUCAAGUUACAGGUUGCUAUGAUGCUGGAGAAGGCUGGAUUGGUGAAACCUGCAAUCGAAGUAUUGGAGCGAACAAAGGAUGAGGCGUUGAGAUGGAUUGAGCAGGGACGGAAUACCGAGUCUGCUUCGAUUGGACCUGCGAAGACCCAGGCGGCCAAGUCUCCCGAAUCAUUGAAGACUAUUGCGGAGAGUAUUCAGAUCAAUACUGAGGCAUUGGAGGAUGCGGAGAAGGAACUGCGGGAAUUGCAGGAGUUUGAGGCUCGGCAGCGUGAUCGUGCCCUCAAGAAGGUUGUUGGUAUGCAGAUGAAGUUGGGAGAGCUCUAUGCUAGUGACUACAUCCAGGAUGACAAGAAGGCCGAGGCUGCGCAGGUCGCUGCUGUGGAGCUCUGUUUGAAGGAAAUGCACCGCCGUCAGAAGCUUGGGCUCCCUGUUGGCAGUGCAGCUGCUAUUGAAGGUGGAGAAGAGUCAUGGCUGAACAUGACUGAGAUUGCGACGGCUCUGACGGAGCUCGCAACUACCUACAGUGCCAAGGACAACCAUGACCUGGCUUUGCCACUGUACAUGCGUGCAUUGGAGAUGAUUCGUGUGGCGGAAGGUGGUUCGCCGUCUUGCAAGCAGGUCACACUACUUAAUGACGUUGCUAGUGCUAUGGUUGGUCAGGUACAGCACCCACCUGGCGGCCAGCCAAAGCAAGCCGUCAAGCAAGAUCAAAUCGUCGAGGCAGCUCGCCAAUGGGCGCAGAAGUCUCUUGAUGUCGCCGCACGUAUUCAACCUCCGUUUCGCGAUGAGGAAUGUGAUGUCACAUGUGUUGUCGCAACAUACAACUUGGGUGAGCUCGCAGAGCUUCAGAAGAAACCCGAAGUGGCCAAGCAGCGAUACUUGGAGGCUAAGUCGAUGGCGAGUGGACUUGGGUUUGAGGAGGGUAUCUCCAUGGCGGAUACUGCAUUGAAGAGACUGGCGAAGAAAUAA